GAGACCUGCAAAAAAGUGCAGGUCUGUAAAAAUCUAAAAUCUGUGCUGUAAAACUGCCAUAUGACGGAGAUAUGUGCAAUAUGAGAGGAGCUCAAUUUCAGCAAUAUUGUGUUGUUAAUCCCUUUGACUUCAUCUGAAUUAACGAAACCAUGGCCACAGAGGAUGAUGAAUUUUUCCCGAGCAAUUACUUUGACAGCAACAUCACUGACUACAUACUGCCUGAGGAGAUCCCUGACAUUCAACCGAUCCACAUAGUGUCUCUGGUUUUCUAUGGCCUUGUGGUCCUGAUUGGAGUCCCUGGGAACGCUCUGGUGGUGUGGGUGACGGGGUUCUGCAUGCCCCGCUCUGUCACCUCCAUCUGGUUCCUCAACCUCGCCCUGGCUGAUCUUCUGUGCUGCCUCUCCCUCCCUCUGCUCAUGGUCCCUCUCGCUCAUGAUGACCACUGGCACUUUGGCUCGCUGGCCUGCACCCUGGUCAAAAGCUUGUUUUACCUGGUGAUGUAUUGCAGUGUCUUGCAGCUGGUUUUGAUCAGCGUGGACCGCUGGAUGCUGGUCAGCAGACCCGUUUGGUGCCAGAACAACAGGAGACCGAAGCAGGCUGCCUGCGGCUGCGUCGCUGUCUGGUUCCUGGCUCUGAUAGGCAGCAUCCCCCAGUUUAUCUACACCAGGGAGAUCGAAGCAGGCGAAGUGAAGAGAGAGUGCCUGGCGGUGUACACUGUAGCCAGCGCUUGGUCGGUCACCUCAUUCCGCUUCCUGGCGGGGUUCUUCCUCCCUUUCGUGGUGAUUGUGGCCUGUCAUUGCGUGGUGUACAGGAAAGCCGAGAGCGGGAUCUCCCGUGGUCGGACCCGCUCCAAGCGAACCCUGCGGGUCAUCGUCGCUGUAGUGCUGAGCUUCUUUCUGUGCUGGCUCCCACUGCACAUUGUGGACUUCCUCAUGCUGGUUACCCCACGAAGAUCCACUUACAGCCCCCACGUCUACCUGGCACAUGUUUUAGCCCUCUGCUUGGCCUAUUUCAACAGCUGCCUCAACCCGCUGCUUUACGUGUGUCUGGGACGGGGCUUUAAAGACAGCAUGAACCGCUCCCUGCGCAACAUGCUGCACUUCAUCAGCGAGGAUCCUACGAGCCGAGUGAGCAUCACUACCGACACCAAGAGCACGAGCAAUGGAAAGGAGACAAGUAAAAUCUGAGAGUGUAUUGACUUUUACACACUGUGUAGUAUGAAGCGGUCACACUUACACUGAAGUUGAUCACAUCUUGAUUUAGUUUGUCAGGUGUGAACUCUGCGUACACACUGCAUUAAUCUGGUACAUCAUAAAAUCUGGAGUUCACCAUGAACUGUCAGUCAGUUGCUUGACACUCUCUGGUCAAAUAAACUCAGUCUGAAGAACAAAUUUCAGUAUUUGAAAGUGUGAACACAGCAACUUCGCUGUUUGCUGUGAGCUUUUUUUAACUGUUGCUGAGGCAGAUGAGGUCUAUGUAAAGAUGUUGUCAGGAACGACAAAUCAGGAACUGCUUUUCUGCAAUAUUUCCGGUGAAGAUUCGUACCUCAUGCAACAAAAAUGCUUCACACUUCUGCUUCAUGUAUGGAUGUGUUGUGUUUAUGAUAUUAAUAGAAAUGUGGAAAUGGUAGUGUCCCAUCCCUGGAUUACUCUUUGCGCUCAAGGUUCUUGCCAGAUAUUAGACACUGAGAUGAAAUUAUAAACAAGCAUUUAUUAGUUUUUGCAACACAUAUUUGAUUACCUCAUGCAGCUUCACUGUAGUGAUAAUACCUGAGCAACAGUACUGGGCUGGGACCACAUGAGGGAGCUACACUCAUCUCUAAUGCUCAGUGGCUCAAGUGCAUGUAGAGGCUAGCUUAGCUUAAGACCCAAUGUGUUUUUGUGAUGGUCCCAAAAACAAUAGAUAAGACUAGUGAACAGAAUGAACCAAGCUUAACUGAUGUUUGUCAAAUAACUACAAUUCAGACAAAGGCACAACUUAGCAUGUCCACAGAAUUCAACAGAAAAGUAAAUUCAUAAUGAUUUUUUUCCCCCCAUUUGACCAAUACAUGCUUAAUUUACAAUGUUUUAGACAGAUCUUGUUGUAGCAAGGCAACAACAUUUGUGAAUAAAGAAUAAAAAUGUGCUAAAGUACCAAA